CGCGCCACUUAUCCGAUUAAUCUUGGCCAUAUUCCAUAAUUCUCCACUUUUCUUCCCUAUAAAUGUUGGGGUGUUUUUGGUAGUUUUCAUUUCACAGCCAUUUCUCUCUCGGGUCUUUUCUUGCAUGUUUUGUGUCUGAGCUGACUCUCAUGGAUUCUUCCAACCGUACGGUGAGCUUUGCAGCCCCAAGAGGCUUUGGCACCACACUCAAAUCUGAUCUCAAAGAGACCUUCUUCCCUGACGACCCCUUUAAGCAAUUUGAGAAUCAGAAACCACUUGGAAAGGUCAAGAAAGGCUUGCAAUAUCUCGUUCCCAUAUGUGAAUGGCUUCCGAAAUACAAUUUAAAAACAUUUCAAUACGACGUGCUUGCCGGCAUCACCAUCACCAGUCUUGCCAUCCCUCAAGGGAUUAGCUACGCGAAGCUCGGCCAGCUUCCACCCAUCGUCGGCCUUUAUUCAAGUUUUGUUCCUCCAAUUAUUUAUGCAAUUUUUGGAGACUCCAAGUACCUUGCCGUGGGAACUGUGGCAGCAUGCUCUUUACUUAUUGCAGAAAUCAUUGGAGAAGUGGCUUCACCGAAGACUGAACCGGCAUUGUACCUUCACUUGGUUUUUACAGCCACCUUUGUUACCGGCAUCAUGCAGACUCUUCUCGGUGUUCUAAGGCUGGGGAUUUUGGUGGAUUUUCUAUCGCAUUCCACCAUCACUGGCUUCAUGGGAGGGACUGCAGUUAUAAUCUGCUUGCAACAGUUGAAGGGCAUGCUGGGACUGAAGAAUUUCACCACCAAAACCGACGUCGUAAAUGUUUUGAGAUCAGUGUUCGAACAUAGAAAAGAGUGGAGGUGGGAGAGUGCAGUUGUGGGUAUUAUCUUUCUUAUUUUUCUUCAGUUCACCAGGUGGCUGAGGGAUAGGAAGCCAAAGCUAUUUUGGGUGUCGGCUAUGAGUCCACUGGUGGUGGUCGUAUCUGGCUGCCUUUUUGCCUAUUUUGCCCAUGCUCAAGAUCAUGGAAUUCCCAUUGUGGGAGACUUGAAGAGGGGGAUCAAUCCUCCUUCUAUUCAAUUUUUGAACUUUGACCGCAAAUAUUUUCCACAAAUUGUGAAGGCCGGGGCUAUAACUGGCUUGAUUGCUUUGGCUGAAGGAAUAGCUAUUGGAAGGAGCUUUGGCAUCAUGAGAAAUGAAAACGUUGAUGGCAACAAGGAAAUGAUAGCUUAUGGCCUCAUGAACAUUGUUGGAUCUUUCACUUCAUGCUAUUUGACCACUGGACCCUUUUCAAAGACUGCGGUGAAUUACAACGCGGGAGCUAAGACACCAAUGUCAAACGCAGUGAUGGCCGUUUUCAUGGCACUUGUGCUUCUCUUCUUGGCUCCUCUCUUUAGCUACACCCCUCUUGUUGCUUUGUCUGCCAUUAUUAUGUCCGCCAUGCUUGGCCUCAUCAAAUAUGAAGAAGCCAUUGAACUCUUUAAGGUUGACAAGUUUGACUUUGUCGUGUGCAUGGCUGCCUUCUUAGGCGUUGCCUUCAUAAGCAUGGACAUGGGACUCGGCCUCUCAGUGGUUCUUGGUCUUGUGAGAGCCCUCCUUUAUGUGGCUAGGCCAGGAACUUGUAAGCUUGGGAGAUUACCAGACUCAGUCUUAUACCGUGACAUAGAGCAGUACCCUGACGCAGCAAGGAAUUCAGGGAUCAUCGUGCUUCAAAUUGGCUCCCCAAUUUACUUUGCAAAUGGCAACUACGUCAGAGAGAGGGUUUUAAGAUGGGUUCGCGAUGAGCAAAGCCAUCUAGAAACUACGGGAGAUGAGCUUCAGCAUGUUGUGCUAGAAUUGUCUGGAGUUGUAACCAUUGACAUGACUGGCCUUGAAACAUUGAAGGAGAUAAACAAAACCUUGAGGGCAAAUGAUGUUAAGUUGGGAAUUAUAAACCCGAGGCUUAAGGUGAUGGAGAAGAUGAUAACGUCACAUUUCAUAGACAAGCUUGGAAAAGAAAAUGUCUACCUAUCGAUCGAGGAAGCAAUUGAAAAUUGCAAGUUUUUGACUAGUAAGCCAAAGAAAACCACCAGUGAAUCCGGCGAUUCAUCGAAAGGCGCCGAAGAUGCAAGUGAUGAUGCAUCACAACAAGUUUGAUGCUGUUGUUUAGGGUUGUGAUUCUGCAAUUGAUAUGCUACUUAGAAAUAGUAUUCUGAAUGUUGUAGUUUUCAAAUUGGGGUUUAUGCCUAGGGGAAAUAAAGUGUGUAUUUUUCCCUUAUAGCAAUUAAAUUCCAAUUUUUAUUUCAUAGGAAAAAAACUGUAUUUUCUCUUUGCUAGGAAAUAAAGUGUAAUUAGGUUUUCUUGCUUCCAUAUAUGACAAGAGUAUUUGUUACUCUA